AUGGCAGACACAACCAAGUUGGGGAAAAUCUUCAUUGGCGGACUCUCGUACGAGACGACGGAUGAGAAGCUCCGUUCGUACUUUGGAGCGUACGGGACAGUGACGGAUGCAGUGGUGAUGAAGGACCCGAUUUCGAGACGAUCACGAGGUUUUGGCUUUAUUACGUACGCAGACCCCGUCUGUGUAGAUAGAGCGUUGGCUCAGCCUAAUCACGUUUUAGAUAGCCGUCGAGUUGAAGCGAAGCGUGCCGUUCCUCGAGCAGAAAGCACGCGAGAUGUUGGGAGCUCUUCGCUAUCGAGUCGAGGCAUUGGAACAAAUUUGAUAUCGAGUACGAGCGUGAGCAGUGCAGUCGGCGCGACGAAGAAAAUCUUUGUGGGCGGCCUCCAUUACGAAACGAAAGAUGCGGACUUUAAGAAGUAUUUUAUGCAGUACGGCAAGGUAGUGUCGGCCGAAGUGAUGUUCAACCGCGAGACGAACAAAUCGCGUGGAUUCGGCUUUGUUAUCUUCGAAAGCGAGGUUAGUGUGGAGCUAGUGUUGCAAGAGAAGAAUCACGUGCUAGAUGGCAAGUCCGUCGAGGUUAAGCGUGCUGUCCCGCGAACUGAUAUUCCUCCCCCGCGGUCAGUUUCUUCUCGUGGCGAUUCUUUCAGCGGUCCGUCUGGACCAGGCUCCGUGGGGAGUCUUGAUGACGUGUGCUCUACGACAACGCCACCAGUGUCGCUCUCUGGUAGUGUACCCUCCGUUAGCAGCUUCAGCGCUGCUAUGGGAUCAGACAAAAUGUGCCGCGCAACGCCGGCUUCGGCUAAUCUGAUGCCCAACGGGAUGCUUCGAGGUUACGCUGCCGCUGUUCGCUACGGUGGUCAAGGGGUGUCGAAGGCCUCGAGCUCCAAUGCCGUGCUCUCAUCGUCUUCAUUGACUAGCAACAGUGACACCAGCAGCACUCACAAAGGGAUGGGCUUCGAGACGUCCUCGGUCAGCGGUGUUGCAGAUGCUCUUUCCAGUCUCGUACUUGGUGACAGAGGUGCAUCAUGCGGUAGUAGAUUUUUGGGUGGAAACGGUAUUGCUGCUUCUCCGCCACUGUCGGCAAGCUCGUCGCGCGGAUCGUCGGAUCACCUGUUUGACUCGGGUGCUGUGUUAGCCACGAACGGGCACCGUUCACCACUGGACAGUGCUCUCCAUCUUCUAGAUAGCGACCCUGUGAUUGAGCAGUGGAAGCUAUCUCCUAGCUCAGGUCCUCAGCGUGCUUCAGAGGCUCCUUUGGCGUCAUGUUUUGAGUCGAGUUACCUCCCGCAUGGACUAGUGGACGACAGCGCUGAAUCGAUGUCGAAUCUCUCGUGGCAAGCAGCACCUUGGCAGCAGCAGCAGUCGUGGGGCUCUCCGCCGUUACCGCGAAGUCAACAACAACAGCUGCAACAUCAACAUCAGCCCCCGUUGCCACCUACUCCGACAUCAUUGUUCUCGAUGUUUUCGAAUAGGCGGAGCGGUGGCACUCCACUUCAUGGAUCGAGCGCAUGGCAGUCGGACUCAGACGGCGAAUUUAGGCAUGACACAAGUACUGCAGCUCCAGACAGCGAUGGCUUUGGCAGUCGGACGAUGGGCAUGGGUAUGUCUAUUGAUGGUGGAUUUGUUGACAAUGGCGUUAGUCCUGACACAUUUGGACUGCACUCAGAGCGGGGCAACAGCGCGUCUUACCGUAUGUCGGGUGGAUAUUUGCAGCAAGGUUAUCUUCCAAGUGACCGUUUACAUGGGCAGCAGCACCAAGGGUCAGCGACUGUCGAACACCCGCUCGAUUCGACACAGUUUGAACGGUCGAUGAACGGCGAGGUGCCAUCUCACGCAGACGAAUCGCGCAAAGAGCCGUCACCUAUGGAUUACAAUUUACCAUCUUCUGCAGCAGAGUUCCAUCGGGAGUUCAGAUAG